AUUGUAGCUGUGGAUUAUUGAAAAGACAAAAAAAAAAAAAAUGUAAUAACUAUGUUCUUUUGCACCACUUCUCGGCUCCUCCUCCUCAUCUCCAUACCUGGCCUUACGGGCCAGCUGAACGGCUGCUGCAACAGGAUAACCAGAGGGGGGCGUGGUGAGUAGGUGGAGACGCUGCUCUCCUGUCUGGAGGAGAUCUCACUGGUGAGGAAACAAACGGUGACGGAGGAGCAGAGAGGAGCAGACCCUGAGAGCUGACUGAACCACUGCCUGGUAUCCCAGAAUGCACCUCAAUAUCCAACUGUCCCUCUUCUUCACAUUGCUUCUUCUUCUCCAAGUCCAGCAGGGCUACACGGUGCAGGAGAUCCAAACCAGCCAUGAGAACAUCUUAAAAAUCAACUCAGCAGGAGAGAUGAUGCGAUGUUCAGCAGCAAUGGACGUCCUCUUCCUCAUGGAUGGUUCCUACAGCGUGGGCAAAAGCAGCUUUGAAAGGUCCAAACACUACGCGCUCAAACUCUGUCAAACCCUCGACAUUGGACCAGACAAGGUCAGAGUCGGUGUGAUUCAGUUCGGCUCUACGCCUCGACUGGAGUUUCCUCUGGACGCAUACACCACAAAGCAGGAGCUGAAGAAGCACAUGAAAAAAGUUUCCUACAGAGGGGGCAGCACUCAGACGGGGCUAGCUCUGAAAUACGUUUUGAGGAAGGGUUUCCCGGGCGGUCGCAACUCCUCGUCCCCUGUGGCCCGCAUCGCCAUCCUGCUGUCUGAUGGGAUGUCCCAGGGCAACACAGUGCAGGCGGCCGCACAACUCAAAGAAACUGGCGUGGUCCUGUUUGCCGUCGGUCUGCGCUACCCCAGGUGGGAGGAGCUACACACGCUGGCCAGUGAGCCCGUGGAGAACCACGUGUUCUUUGCCGAACAUUUCUACGAUGCUGUCAACGGCCUCUACACCACGCUAAGCACCUUCUUUGUCUGCAACGCCACACCCACAGGCUGUCGCGUGGAGUCAUUCCUCUGUGAGAGGAAGACCCUGGAGACGGUCAAGGAGCUGCAGGGAAAUUUCAUGUGUUGGAAAGGCAGCAAAGGAUUUUCCCCGUACACAUCGCUGUGUCCUUACUACAGGUACAACAGGGCUUAUAGACGACACCAGACAGUCUGCCAUCGGACCAUCUGUCCAGACCCCUGUGACUCUGAGCCGUGCCUGAAUGGUGGAACCUGUGUAUCAGAGGGUCCAGAGGACUACCACUGUGUGUGUCCUCCUGGCUACGAAGGAGACCCCCACUGUUCCCCGGCCUUAUCCCUGGACUGCUCUGUGGACCUCCUCUUCCUCCUGGAGGGCUCUGCCACUCUUACCGUGGACGGUUUCCUUCGCCUCAAGUCCUUCCUCAAGCGUUUCCUGCAGACGGUGAUCGGUCCUGACACCCCCAGUAAAGUCGGCCUGGCCGUGUUCGGUGGGGAGACCCGUGUCGAAGCCCAGGUUGGUAAAUUUAAGAAGGACCUGAAGGGUCUGCUGAAGGGAGUGGAGGCCCUCCAGUCCAUCGGCGGUGAAACCAACACAGGACAGGCGCUGCGCUACGUCACACGCCACGGAUUCUUGAGUGCACCGAUCUUCGCCGACGUCGCGGACGACCUCCCGCGCGUGGUGGUGCUGCUCACUGCCACCCCUGCUGCCGACGAGGUGGUACUGCCUUCUAAAUACGCAAGGGACAGAGAGAUCUUUCUUAUAGCGGUGGGACCGGAAUUCUUGAAAGAACAGCUGAACAACAUCACAGGAAAUCCCCAAAGGACUCUCACCUACUCAUUACCUGACAGGCUGAAUGCCAAGAUUCCUGAGCUCAAGGCCAAAAUCUGCAGCGUGGACCAACAAGGUUGCCUUGGCCAGGCAGUCGACCUGGUGUUUGCUGUGGACGCCUCAGGUGGCGUCAGCGCGGACAACUUCUCCAUCCUGCUGGACUUCAUACGUACCCUAACUGUCCAGUUCGACAUCAACCGCGACGUGGCCCAGGUGGCACUCGUGGUAUACGGACGAAGACCCACCACCGUCUUUCACCUGGACACCUACGAGACGGGCUCCGCCAUCCUGAAGGCGGUGGGCGACGCUAACUACCAGGGCGGAGCGGCCUCCACCGGCGCCGCUCUACUUCACAUCCACUCCCAUGUUCUGACUGUGGCCAAAGGGGCGCGACCCGGCGUCAACAAGGCCGUGGUGGUGCUCACUGACGGUUCGGGUGCAGGGGACGCUGUGGUGCCAGCGCAGAAGAUAAGAGACAACGGAGUUUCACUGUUUGUGGUCGGCACUGGAGAUGUCCAGAGGGAGAAGCUCCUGCAGGUCGUGGGAUCAGAGGAGCACAUGAUCACUGCACCUUCUUAUGAGGACCUCAAGUACUUUGAGGACGUCCUGGUGCAGAUGCUGUGUUCUGAAAUAAAGAAGCCAGUAAACCUGUGCAGCCCAAACCCGUGUAUGAACGAUGGCAAGUGCAUCCUGUCGGGGGUGAGCUUCCGCUGCCAGUGCCGGGGCUUCGAAGGACCGCACUGUGAAAAAAAAAGACGGAGUUCUUCAACCAGGGGAGAUCUCCCAAGGCCCGCUGGUCUCAGAAGAAAAGUCCGACCGAAGAAAAGCCACCAGGAGCUGCUGCAUCAAUACAAACUGCACCGCCGGAGGCACGCUGCCUGACAUACGUCAACACACAUUACAUUAUAUUCACAGUAACUUUUAAACUCGUGGACUCUUGAGAACUGAGGACGUUGGUGUCGUUGGAUGAAAGGGAAAAUGGAUGUUUAAUUAUUUAAACCGCACCUGGUGCCUCCUAACUGUAUGUCUCGACUGCUGCCUCGUAUGUUACCAAAGAUGUAAACUUUUAUACCAUAUAUGUAUAUCUGCGUCACUUUGUUAUUGUCCAUUCAUUACAGUCCUUGUUUUAUAGUACUAAAAAAAAGUUUAUGCGGGGUUGACAGUUAACAACUACAAUGUGUCUUAAAAGGCGGGGAUUUGAACCCACAUCUUCUGCACCAUUUUGCCAUGGAUAAUGAAGUAUGAGUUGUGAAACCUCUGCGUCAGGUUUGUUUCGUUUAAAUCUCUUUUUAGACUUCAGGGUUUUUUUCAUCUGUUGUGUAAAUACACGCCAUGUAUUGCUUUUAAAUUGUGCUAAUAAUAUACUAAAAAUUCAUCAAUUACCGUUGUGUUUUGACAAACCAUAUUCUACUGCUAUUCAAAUGUAAUGUAGCGCGAUGGUAGGAUUAAAAAGUAUACAUAAAAAAAACAAUCUGAAAUUAAGAUUACAACACCUGAUUUUUUUUUUAUGUGAAGCAAUCGUAAAUGUAUAUAAACAGUCAACUUUUUUCUAACAUUUUUAUUUGAAUAAAAAGUGCAUGUCUAGCUAGCAAUACAAGCCAAAAGGCCAAGUAAUGGUGUAAAUAUAUUUACAUCUUGGCUACCAGCAUAUAUGAACCAAGCUACAAGAAGUGUACAAAUAGGCCAUUAAAGUAAAGGGGCUUCUGUACGCAGGUCUCCCACCGCAGUGGGUUCACAUAUUUGGCAUGAUAAAGAACAAUUGUUAGACUGGCCAAAACGCUACUUCAAAUUCCUCCUUCAAGCAAUUAAAGAACAUACUAGAACUUUCAAAGUCAUUAAAUCCAAUAUGAUCCAGUGGUAUUUGGAAACACAGCUUGUGCCCUGCUGCUAUGUUCUCCCCCUCGUAGACUUUGGCAAGAAGGUGGUGAAGAUGAAAGAUCCGGAGGAGGCAGGGGGAGGGAUGUUGACCGUUCAAACUUGGCAGGACAUUGAGGACCAAAGGUUUCCUUCUCCUA